AGAUAAUACACACAUACAUAUAUUAUAUAUUAUAGUCUAGAUCUGGAUUCUAGAUGAUAUAUCGUGUUUUCAAUUUUCAUGGACAUUAGAAAAUUCUUCAGAUUUAAAAUCACUUGAAUGUUCAUAGAUUUUGGGUGUAUCAAAAUUCAAAUCAUUGAGUAAUAGCAAAAAAUCUAUUUUAUUACAUUUUAUUUGAUCUGUGAUAAUAGUUGUUCUAGUUUUUCAUGAAACUCAGGACGGUGGAUUCAACAAGUUCAUUGGCUGGUCUUCAUUUUUUAACACCAUGGUUAAAUUAAAGUUUUAUUAUGACUUUUUGUCACAACCGAGCAGAACAUUGUACAUAUUUAUGAAGAAAACCAACAUCCCCUUUGAACCAAAACCGGUAAAUUUGAGACAAGGAGAUCAACUCGCUAAAGAAUUUGAAAUUUUAAAUCCAUUCAAGAAAGUACCUUUUAUUGACGACAAGGGAUUAGUUUUAAUAGAAAGUGUUGCAAUAUUACGUUACUUGUGUCGAACAUAUAACGUAGCUGACCAUUGGUAUCCAAAAGACAUCCAAAAGCAGGCUCUCGUUGAUCAAUAUUUAGAGUGGCAACAUAAUAAUACUAGAGCUCACUGCACUGAGUAUUUUCGGCACAAAGCAUUGUGGCCGUUAAAAACUGGCCAGGCAGCAAAUACUGAAAAGGUUACAAUACUAGAAAAUAGAAUGAUUGAAAAUCUAGAUUUAUUAGAAAAUAUUUGGUUAAAAGAUAAACCAUUUUUGUGCGGUGACAAAAUUUCUGUGUCUGACCUUGUCGGUGCAUGUGAAGUAGAACAACCAAGAAUCGCAGGUUUUGACCCAUUAGUUAAUCGUCCAAAUUUAACCAAAUGGAUAGCUAGAGUUCAAUCAACGUUUUCUCCUUUUUAUGAAGAAGCACAUCAAGUUGUCGAACAAACUGCCGAUGAAUACAAACGUUAUGUUAGUGAAUUAAGUAAAAAAAAUUAUCAAUCAGUGUGCGAUAGCCUGGAUCAAAGUUCAACCGACCCCAAACUACACUUAAUACUCAACAAUAUGUUCACUAAGAUUGAAAUAAUAUCGUUAAUUCAUUCACCAGAAAAUUGGCAGUUGUACUGUAUUCAAAUAAUUAAUAUUCAAGCAGAUACAUACCCGAGUUCUGAUGCGCAAAUGUUCAUAUGGCACAAACUCUGGUCGAGAUGUGUGUUUUUCAUGUUCCAAAUGUCCGUUGAUGCACUUUCUAAAGCCUUCGACUCUUCGAGUCUUAACUCAAAUAACAUGGCAAAAUUAACAUAUUAUUACAAUUUAUUGUCACAACCGUGCAGAGCAUUGUACAUGUUUUUUAAAAAAGCCGAAAUUCCAUUCGAAGGAAAGGUUGUGGAUUUACUGAAAGGAGAACAGUUCACAGCAGAGUUUGAGGCCAUAAAUCCAUUUAAAAAGGUACCAGUCAUCAACGAUAAGGGAUUUGUUCUUAUUGAAAGCAUAGCAAUUCUGCGUUACGUUUGUCGUACUUAUAAUGUGGCAGAUCACUGGUACCCUAAAGACUCAGUGAAACAAGCACAAGUAGAUGAAUACCUUGAAUGGCAGCAUACAAAUACUAGAGCAGAUUGUGCUCUCUAUUAUUUACAUAAAGUUUUGUGGCCAGCUAUGUAUGGAAAACCUGUAAAUGAACAGAGAGUUGCCCAAUUAGAAAAAAAAAUGAUCACAACUUUAGACCUCAUAGAAAACGUUUGGCUAAAAAAUAAAAUGUUUUUGAGUGGAAAUGAAAUUUCCAUUUCUGAUAUUAUUGCUAUUUGUGAAAUCGAACAAACAAGGAUGGCUGGUUUCAAUCCAUAUGUCAAUCGUCCAAAUUUAUCCAAAUGGAAAAUGAAAACAGCAUCAUAUUUAAGCCCAUAUUAUGAAGAAGCUAAUGAAAUACUUGAAGUACAGGUUGUUAAAUAUAAUAAAAAAUAUGGUAAACUAAAUUCACACAUUUAAUUUUACUUAUUGUAUAAUUAAUGCUUUGUAGAAUAUUCGAAGAUACUAUGAUAUAGGUUCUGUUGGUGGUUUAGGUUCUUUCAUGGUAUUUUUUUUAUGGAGACACUUUUUGAUCUUUUUUUUCUUCAACUUUGUUUCACUGUGAUAACAAAACCACUGUUUUUUUUUUAUGUUAAGUGCCUCAUUAUUUUAGCAAAGUUCUGGUUUCCAUACAAUGUGGGAAAUGUUUUAUAGCGUAUAUUGAUAUUGGAUAUUUAUUUUAUAUAGUAUACAAGGUGACUGAUUUAAUAUAAGAAAUUUAUUAUUUGAGUAUCUUAUGAUCACCCUAUUUAGGGAUCAAGUAUUAUGAAUUUGCAUAACUUAAUGUUAUUUUAUCUCUCCUCAUAUUUAAUUUUUACAUUUAGUGUUUGUUAAUAACACUAAUGAAUAUAAUUUAUAUUACUUUUAUGACUAAUCUUUUAAUCAUGUAUCAUUUUUGUAAACUAUAAUCAUGGCAAUUUUUUGGAACUUUCAUAUACUCAGCUAGUCAGGCAUAUGGGUUAAAGCAAUUUCUGAAAAAUAUCGCUUUAAAAUUUAGUGUAAGAUUAACAUCAAAUGUUACUUGUUGAAAAGAAAAUUUGCAAGAAGAUGGUUCUUUUGCCAUGUGAAAAAGACAAACAAAUGUUAAGGAUCUGAGAAAUUAUGUGAAUCUAUGUUU